AUGGAUCACAGUAUCACAGGUGAUUUUACCCAGUUUAUGUGUCCAGUCUGUCUGGAUCUCCUUAAGGAUCCUGUGACUAUUCCCUGUGGACACAGUUACUGUAUGGGCUGUAUUAAGGGCUGCUGGGAUCAGGAUGAUCAGAAGGGAGUCUACAGCUGCUCCCAGUGCAGACAGACCUUCACUCCAAGACCAGUUCUGGGUAAAAAUGCCAUACUGGCAGAAGUGGUGGAGAAACUGAAGACAAGACUCCCAGCUGCUGCUCCUCCUGCUUACUGUGACACUGGAGAUGUGGAGUGUGGUGUUUGUACUGGGAGAAAACUCAAAGCCAUCAAGUCCUGUCUGGUGUGUCUGGAUUCCUACUGUCAAACUCACUUUGACCGUCAUGAAGAACUUCACUCAGGAAGGAGACACAAAAUAAUUGAUGCCAACGGAAAACUAGAGGAGAAGAUCUGUUCUCUUCAUGAGAAGCUGUUUGAAUAUUUCUGUCGUACUGACCAACAGUGUGUGUGUCUGCUUUGUGUUAUGGAUAACCAUCGUGGACAUGAGACAGUGUCAGAUGUUAUAGAAAGAAUGGAGAGACAGAAAGAGUUGGGAGAAAGUCAGAGGAAAACCCAGCAGAGAAUCCAGGAGAGAGAGAAGGAGGUGCAGGAGCUGAGACAGGCUGUGGAGUCUCUGAGGCGCUCUGCACAGGCAGCAGUGGAGGACAGUGAGAGGAUCUUUACUGAGCUGAUCCGCUCCAUUGAGAGAAGGCGCCGUGAGGUGACAGAGCUGAUCAGAGAUCAGGAGAAGAGUGAAUUGAGUCGGGCUGAAGGAGUCCUGGAGCGACUGGAGCAGGAGAUUUCUGAUCUGAGGAGGAGAGACACUGAGCUGGAGCAGCUUUCACACACAGAGGAUCACAUUCAUUUCCUCCAGAGUUUCCCUCCUCUCUACGCGCUUUCUAAAUCUGAAGUCUUACCCAGCAUCACUAUCAGUCUACACCUCUCUUUUGAGGAUGUAGGAAAAUCUGUCUCUCAGCUGAAGAAGCAAAUGCUGGAUUUCUGUAAGGAGGAAUUUGAAAGACUCUCAAGCACAGUGGUGUACAUCAACCUUCUUCCUCAUUGUGAACCCAAGACCAGAGAAGAGUUCUUACUGUAUUCCCGGGAUCUCACACUGGAUCCCAACACAGUGAAUGAAUUCCUCUGUCUGUCUGAAGGGAAUAAAACAGUGACAUGGAGCGACAGAGUCCAGUCAUAUCCUGAUCAUCCAGAGAGAUUUAAUUAUUUUCAUCAGGUGCUCUGUAGAGAGAGUGUGUCUGCACGCUGUUACUGGGAGACUGAGUGGAGUGGGCGUCAUGGUGUACGUGUAUCAGUGUCAUAUAAAGACAUCAGACGGAAAGGACAAGGUUAUGAGUGUGUGUUUGGACGUAAUGAACAGUCCUGGGUUUUUCUCUGUUCUCCCUCCUCUUACUCAUUCUGGCACAACAACAAAGAGUUUAAACUCCCCACAGUCCCCAAUUCCUCCAGAAUAGGAGUGUAUGUGGACCACAGGGCAGGAACUCUGUCCUUCUACAGCGUCUCUGACACAAUGACCCUCCUCCACAGAGUCCAGACCACAUUCACUCAGCCCCUCUAUGCUGGACCAGUUCUGGGUAAAAAUGCUAUGCUGGCUGAAAUGGUGGAGAAACUGAAGAAGACGAGACUCCAAGUGUCAGCAGCAGCAGAGAGGACAGAGAAACAGAAAGAGUUGGGAGAAACUCAGAGGAAAACCCAGCAGAGAAUCCAGGAGAGAGAGAAGGAGGUGCAGGAGCUGAGACAGGCUGUGGAGUCUCUGAGGCGCUCUGCACAGGCAGCAGUGGAGGACAGUGAGAGGAUCUUUACUGAGCUGAUCCGCUCCAUUGAGAGAAGGUGCCGUGAGGUUACAGAGCUGAUCAGAGAUCAGGAGAAGAGUGAAUUGAGUCAGGCUGAAGGAGUCCUGGAGCGACUGAAGCAGGAGAUUUGUGAUCUGAGGAGGAGAGACACUGAGCUGGAGCAGCUUUCACACACAGAGGAUCACAUCCAUUUCCUCCAGAGUUUCUUAUCUCUCUGUGCCCCUCGAUCUGAAGACUUACCCAGCAUCACUGUCAGCCCACACCUCUCUUUUGAGGAUGCAGUAAAAUCUGUCUCUCAGCUGAAAGAGCGACUGGAGGAUUUCUGUAGAGAGGAGUUUGAAAGACUUUCCACGCAAGCAACAAACAUCAAGAUCUUUCCUCCUCCUGAACCCAAAACCAGAGAGGAGUUCUUACAAUAUUCCUGUGAUCUCACACUGGAUCCCAACACAGCACAUAAACACCUCUGUCUGUCUGAGGGGAACAGAGUGGUGACACACAGUAACACAGACCAGUCAUAUCCUUAUCAUCCAGAGAGAUUUGAUGUGUGUCAGGUGUUGUGUAGAGAGAGUGUGUCUGAACGCUGUUACUGGGAGGCUGAGUGGAGUGGGGAUAGAGGGACUGAUAUAUCAGUGUCAUAUAAAGACAUAGGGAGGAAAGUAGGGGGUAAUGAGUGUUGGUUCGGAUAUAAUGAUCAGUCCUGGAGUUUGAUCUGUUCUCACUCCAGUUACUCAUUCAAACACAAUAAAGAAGAGACCUACCUCCCCAUAGUCCCCAGUUCCUCCAGAAUAGGAGUGUAUGUGGACCACAGGGCAGGAACUCUGUCCUUCUACAGCGUCUCUGACACAAUGACCCUCCUCCACAGAGUCCACACCACAUUCACUCAGCCCCUCUAUCCUGGGUUUUAUGUUUGGAGAGGGUCAAAAGUGAAGUUAUGUCAUCAUACAGAAUGA